AUGGCUCCCAAAUGUAUUGUCUUUGGCAGCUUGAACGGUCAGAUACGGCCCGUGUUCAACAAGCUAGCCAAGGUGCAGCCAAAGCAGAAUUUCUCCUUUGCCAUCAUUCUUGGUGAUCUCUUCGGUGAUGGCUCUACUGAAGACGAGCUCGAGGAUAUUGCCGCAUUGAUACAGGGGAAUAUUACUGUGGCAUGCCCAACCUACUUCACCCUUGGUAACCGACCACUUCCCCCUCAAGUGGUUGAAAAGAUUGAAGCAACCGAUGAAGUGUGUCCCAACUUGUUCUUUCUGGGAAAGCGAGGAACUUUGAAGACAACAGAUGGUAUCCGAAUUGUUGCCCUCGGUGGAACCAUGGGAGAGACAGAGGGUAAAUCUAAACCCGAGAGUAACGCUAGCGGCAAGUUCCAGCAGACAUACAGCGAAUCUGAUGCUCGUGCCCUGUUCGGGAUUCACAAAACAGAUAUUCUUAUCACCAACCAAUGGCCGAAGGAUGUCCGUCUUGGAUCUAGCUGUGAGGUCUCUGGGAAUAAGGAGACUGUGCCAGCUGAAUUGCAAUGCAUUGCAGAUGUCUGCGCGACUUUGAAACCCCGGUAUCACUUCUCUCGGUCAGAUGGUGCUUUCUUCGAGCGUGAGCCAUUCUUUCACAUGCCAACGGAGGAGGCCCCAGAUGUCUACCAACUUACUCGGUUCAUCUCAUUGCCUACUUUCGGCUCGAUGAAGCAUGCUAUCUAUGCCUUUAACUUGGACCCAACAGCACCUUUCCCGAGCAGUAUUCCCAUAGGAGCCACCAUUUGUCCUUGGUCGGCGGCGCAAAGUAGGCGUCAAAUGCUCCCAAGCCAAAGCGAAUCAUACCAGCGCUUUGCGCCCUCCGACAUAGAUAGAGACCCGGGACAUAAUCGCCGACACAAAGAGCGCGCUCCUCCGCCAGGCCCAGAGAAUUGUUUCUUCUGCCUCUUGAAUCCUAACAUCGCCACACAUCUCAUCACCUCAAUCGGCAAUGAGAGCUACAUCACCACCGCCAAAGGGCCUUUGCCCACAAAGGACUUUUUCCCUUCCCUGGGCUUUCCAGGCCAUAUGCUUAUCAUCCCUUUCGAUCACUGCCCAACCAUCGACCUAAUCUUUGACCCGAAAAUCCGAGCCGAGGCCUUCGCCGAGAUGCAAAAAUACCGCGAGGCAAUGCACCAAAUGCUCAACGAGCGAUCAGGAGGCAAGCUCGGUGCUGUCACUUGGGAAGUCAGCCGCUCGAACGGCAUUCACACACAUUGGCAAUUCUUGCCGAUGCCAGUGGAGAAAAUCCGCUCCCGGCUUGUGGAGAUGGCAUUCAAGAAGGAAGCCUCGAACCUGGAAUAUUCGACGUUCAAGACCGUGCCAAACCCCGACGAAAUCCACAAUCACCAUAUGAUUGACUAUUUCCGGGUCUUUAUUUGGACACCUACGCCCAGCAGUGAAGCCGAAGUUGAAGGCGACAACUGGUCUGCACCUGAGCACAAAGGGGUUUGGAAGACGGAAUCUGGAGAGGAGAAUGUUAUCAUUAUGAAGAUCCUGCCGGAGCACCGAUUUAAUUUGCAAUUUGGUCGUCAGGUUAUGGGCAAGGUACUCUAUCUGGAUGAGCGUAUUAACUGGCGGGAUUGUGUGCAGACGGAGGCUGAGGAGACGAAGGAUGCGGAGGCUUUCAAGGAAGCUUUUGCGAAAUAUGAUUUCGCGAUGGGGCCCGAUGAGUCCAUUUGA